CGCUGCCGAACACGACAAACCCCAACCCCAACUCCAGCCAGCACCACCACCAGUCUUCUGCUGCCCCGCCGCUCUCUGCUUGGUUCUAUCGCUUUUCUUUUUGACCACGGUCUGCUCCACUUCCACGUGCAUCUCGCUAAAACUUUCCUCAACGGCACGACUGCCGUUUGAACACUCUCUUGAUUUUCCCGGCUUUGCUACCCGCGUGGUAUUGGUUCAAAUUUUUGGCCCGUGCCUCGCCGUUCCUCGUGGUACACACACACACACACACACAUAUACCGCCGUUGUUGCCCCAAGAGUUAUUUUUGCGUCCACGGACCCACACCGUCAUCAUGACUGGCUCAGCCCCCAGCUCACGACGCAAAACAAUCUCCACCGCCACCCUCGACCUGCGCCGCCGUAAACACAAGCAAACAGAGCUUGUGCGCCGCCAACGCAUCACCAGUGCCGUCCAAGGCUUCCGCGAACUGCUCGGCCUCAAACGAGAGGAACAGGCUCAAGUCCUUGAACUGGCCGUUGCUCGUUUAACCCAGCACAUUAGUUUUCAUGACAAGCUGUUGGAAUCACACCCCGAACUCGCUGCCCUCAUGCCCGAAGAAGUCACCGUUGCCCUUCCCAGCAGCGAAAUGCUUGGCACUUCGAGCGAGGCCGGUGACAGCGAAGACAUGGAUGCUGCUGGUCACCCCUCAGACGUCGAGGACAAUGAGGACGACGCCAACGCGGUGCCCUCAUCAACUCCCACCCCCACCCGCAACCUCAAUCGUCAACGCAGUCCCAUUCCCCAGCACUCUGACGUUCGCCCGAGCGUCGACGUGCUCAACCCUCUCGCCCUGCUCGCAACCACCGCCACCGAGCGACUAGGCACCACCUUCAACCGCCCCUCGCUAGCCCAGCUUGCUGGCAAGACCCCACUCUCCCCACGCAGCAUCAGCUCUGGUCAUGACUCGGAAGCUGAACGCUAA